AGUCUGCAGGAGAUGGAUAUUGAUCGACCAGCAAAUGUCUCCUUCUUUGAUUUCGUUGGAGGAGUUCAGCUUCUCCGUGGGGAUGACACCCGGACGGUCAUGCCAGUCAUCCUCAUCGGGAUCUGCGUGUCCGGAGCUGUUGGGAAUCUGCUCGUUUUGCUGAUUUUCCUCCGUGACUUUAGACUCGGACAUGGCUCGGAGGUGAAGGCUCUGCUCGCCUCUCUUUGCUCCACAGACCUGCUGAUCCUGCUGCUGUGCGCUCCGGUGCGCGCCAUCACCUACUACAAGCACACCUGGACUCUGGGCAGUUUCAUCUGCAGCACCACGGACUGGUUCCAGCACUCCUGUGUGGUUGCAAAAACUUUAAUCCUUGCAGUCACCACCAGAGCCAAACACACCUCCCUCUGCAGCCCGAAGUGGAUCCACGCAGCCCUGGCGUGCAUCUGGAUCAUCUCCAUGAUGUUUCCCAUCCCACAGAUGCUUUUCGCGUCUCUGGUGCAGCACGGCCAGGACACUAUCUGCGUCUCCGAGAUGCCAGUGUGCGCGUCUGACUUCAUGCUUGUGUUCUACAAGAUUUACCCAACUGCAUGCUUUGUGGUGCCCAUCAUCUUCACUCUUGCAUACUACACCAAAGCUCUGCACGCUGCGGUGAACCACGCACCCUGCAGCCCGCAGCACCAGAACCACGCACCCUGCAACCCCCAGCAUCAGAGCAAGGUCAUCCUGGUUUUACUGUGUGUAAGCGGUGCACUAGGGCUCAUGUUGCUGCCAGAGUGGGGCACAUUCACCUGGAUCCGGCUCGGGUACAACAAACCUCCUGUGGGUUUGAUUAUCUUUGCGCAAGUCCUCCUUUACGCAUGCAGCUCCCUCUGUCCGGUGAUCCUGAUGACCAUGUACGACGACGUGCGCCAAGGACUGAUCUCCAUCUGGCUCAGUGCGACCUGCAGAGGCUCCAAGCAGCAAACAACAAGCAACAAGUGUCCGAAAACGGAGGGAAACGGAGCAGAAGUCGGUGCCAAAGCCGUCGCCAUUGCCAACGCCAACACGGUCUCAGUCGCCAACGAGGUCUCGCCUCAGGAGAAGGAGGAGAAGACCUUCCCAGAUGUGGAGCACUUUUGGACAGGGCGCAGGAAUACGCACGUCGAGGAGGCGCAGGACCCGGUUCCGUGGGAGAGAGAGGAGAAAAUGCCCUAAACCUAACUAAGUAGUUUUCUCACCUAAACCUAACUAAGUAGUUUUCUUGCCUAAACCUAAC